GGCGGCGAGUGUUGGUGACGCACAUCCGGGCCCGGUAUCCGCGGAGACGACAGCGCCCGAGCGGCCGCCGCCAUGGGGGGAGGCGACCUGAACCUGAAGAAGAGCUGGCACCCGCAGACCCUGCGCAAUGUGGAGAAGGUGUGGAAAGCCGAGCAGAAGCAUGAGGCCGAGAGGAAGAAGAUCGAGGAGCUGCAACGGGAGCUGCAGGAGGAGCGGGCGCGGGAGGAGAUGCAGCGCUACGCUGAGGACAUGGGCACCGUGAGGAAAAAAGAAGAGAAGCUGGAGUGGAUGUACCAGGGUCCUGGCGGCAUGGUGAACAGAGAGGAGUACCUUAUGGGUCGCCCUGUGGACAAAUACAUCUUUGAGAAGAUAGAAGACAAGGAUGCAGGCUGUUCCAGUGAGACAGGGCUUCUCCCAGGCUCCAUUUUUGCCAAGUCGGGUGCCAAUUCUGUCCUGGAUAUGGCAAACAAGAUCCGGGAGGAUCCGCUUUUCAUGAUAAGGAAGAAGGAGGAGGAAAAGAAAAGAGAAGUGUUAAAUAAUCCUGUGAAAAUGAAGAAAAUCAAGGCACUGCUGCAAAGCAGUUUAGAGAAAAAGGAGAAAAAGAAGAAGAAAGAGAAGAAGAAGAAGCACAAGAAACAUCGACAUCGCAGCUCCAGCAGUGGAAGUGACAGCAGUGAGGAGGAGCGAAGCAAAACCAAGUCUCAGAAGAGGGUGAACAGUUCAUCCUGGAAACCUGCUCCUCCCAGAGUCACAGGAUAUGGCUUACAAGUUAGAGACUCUGAGCAGAGCCACAGGUCUCGGAGCUCUCCAGUUGCCACUCAGGAGAGGGGGUCCCACAGGCACCGGGAUCGCUCCAGGUCCAGGAGCCGGUCCCGCUCGAGCAAGAAGAAUUCAGAGCAGCCUGGAUGCAAGAGCUCCAGAUCUCCUCUUAGACACAAACAGGUAGUUCUGGGUUACAGGCACAGCAAUCGGGAGGAGAAAGGGAGAGCCAGAAGCCCUUCCCCUAAGAAGAGCUACCGACGACAGCAGACUCAGGGUUACACAAGGAAGAUCUCUCCGGAGGAACUAGAGCGUAAACGCCAAGAAAUGAUGGAAAAUGCCAAGUGGCGGGAAGAGGAGAGAGCAACCAACCUCAGGAAGCACCAAAAGGAGGAGGAGCAGGAGCGGGAGCUGGAGAAGCUCGACUCCAGAGAUGGGAAGUUCUUCAAUCGCUUAAAACUGGAGAGUGCAUCCACUUCCAGCCUGGAAGAUCGGGUGAAGCGCAAUAUCCACUCCCUCCAGAGGACUCCUGCUGCCUUGGAAAGGAACUUUAUGCAGAGAUGAAAGAACUUCUCCCUCUGCCACUGUGCAGAAUUGAAACGGACACUUGCUCCCAAAGGUGAGAGGCCUCCAGCACAGAUCCCUGCUCUCUACAGCAACACUUCCCAUCUCCCCAAGAGGUGCUGGAUUGCUGCGCGCUCAGGACAUUGCGAACAUGUUUGUAGUGAUGUGACCUUGCAGGAAAACCUUUGCCGGAGAACUCGUGAGCUUUUGUAUCCCGUUUUUAACCUAUGGCCACGUCUUUUCCUUCUCUCCCCACCUUGACCGGGAUCACUUUUGUAUAUUGUCAUUACCAAAUCCUGCCGGGCGGUGACUGCUUGGAGCAGAUGGUCCAAGCUCUCCACCUGACGGAGCAAAAGCCCUGGUUUUGUUAGUCCUUAAACCCCAAACUGGUACCAA